GUUACAAGCGCCAUCAGCCUCCUGCAUCCUUCAGCCAAUCAGCGACGCCGUAGCAUUUGUGAAAAGGAUUAGAGGAUUUCCAAGAUGGUGCUCGAAAGUACUAUGGUCUGUGUGGACAACAGUGAAUACAUGAGGAAUGGAGACUUUCUGCCGACUAGAUUACAGGCACAGCAGGAUGCUGUCAACAUUGUCUGUCAUUCAAAGACCCGUAGCAACCCAGAAAACAACGUGGGUCUGAUCACAAUGGCCAAUAAUUGUGAGGUCCUCACCACUUUAACACCAGACAGUGGCCGCAUACUCUCAAAGCUUCAUGCCGUUCAGCCACUGGGCAAAAUCUCAUUCUGCACUGGCAUACGGGUGGCACACUUGGCACUCAAGCAUAGACAAGGCAAGAAUCACAAGAUGAGGAUUGUUGCUUUUGUGGGCAGCCCAGUGGAGGACAAUGAUAAAGAUCUGGUGAAGUUGGCAAAGCGAUUGAAAAAAGAAAAGGUCAGCGUAGACGUGGUCAAUUUUGGAGAAGAGGUUGCGAAUACAGAGAAACUGACUGCAUUUGUGAACGCCCUGAAUGGAAAGGAGGGCACAGGUUCUCACCUGGUCACGGUUCCCCCUGGGCCCAGCCUUGCUGAUGCUCUGCUCUCAUCCCCCAUCCUGGCUGGUGAGGGUGGUACUAUGCUGGGCUUGGGUCCGAGCGACUUUGAGUUUGGAGUAGACCCCAGUGCUGACCCAGAGUUGGCUUUGGCUCUUCGUGUAUCCAUGGAGGAGCAAAGGCAGAGACAGGAAGAGGAAUCUCGCCGGGCGGCUGCCCAAUCAGCAGCUGAUUCUGGCGUUUCUGCCUCUGCGGCUGAUGAAUCAGAGGAGGCUCUUUUGAAGAUGUCUGUCUCUCAGCCUGAUGCCAGUGUUGCUGCCCUCCCAGACUUCAGCAGCAUGACAGAGGAGGAGCAGAUAGCCUAUGCCAUGCAGAUGUCGCUGGCGGGUGGAGAAUUUGCAGAAUCAAUGGACACGGGAGCUUCAGUUGAUACUGCUGAAUCCAAGGAGGAGGAUGAUUAUGACGUAAUGCAAGACCCUGAGUUCCUUCAGAGCGUUCUGGAGAACCUGCCUGGGGUUGACCCCAACAAUGAGGCCAUCCGAAACGCCAUGGGUUCACUGGCCUCUCAGAGUGGAAACAAACAAGAGGGGAAAAAGGACGAAGAGAAGAAAAAAUAGAUGCAUGAUACUUGCAAAGUAAAACUCAAGUGAUCAGCAGAAGUCCUUAUAAAAACUUGUUCUGGAAUGACAUUCAAAUUCUUGCAAGGUUGUGUGGUACCUCAAAAAUUCACACAUGGCUUGCUAAUGGUUUUCUCCCAUUUUGCUUUGUGCACAAUUAUUAAAUAGUUGAUAAAUGUGCAAAUGUUAUCUAUAUGGUUUUUGCCUUUUCUAAUGCCAUUAAAACAUGGUUAAAUCUG